AUGACUAACCAGGAAAAGUGGAUCACCCUCAGCCCUGCAGAAUUCUCGCAGCUACAGAAGUACGCCCAGUACUCCACAAAGAAACUUAAGGAUGUUUUGGAAGAAUUCCAUGGUGCUGGUGUACUUGUGAAAUACAACCCUGAGCAGAAGCAGGAUGUCCUCAGUCAACCAAUAGACUUUGACGGCUUCAAACUGUUUAUGAAAACAUUCUUGGAGGCUGAGCUGCCUGAUGAUUUCUGUCAGCAUCUGUUCAUGUCAUUCAAGAACAAGUCCUCUCUUCCAAGCCCGUCUUCACAGGAUGCACAAAAAGCCAGAAUUGGAGGACUGCAGAUGAUUAAAGGAGUCCCAUCUCUUUCUGUAACAUCUUCCCUCAUCAGCACCGAUGAGUCAGACAUGGUUCAAUUGAAGGAUAUUGUUUGCUACCUGUCAUUACUGGAAGGAGGACGACCUGAGGACAAGCUAGAAUUCAUGUUCCGUCUUUAUGACACUGAUGGAAAUGGGUCGCUUGAUAGCUCGGAACUUGACCAGAUCAUCAGUCAAAUGAUGCAUGUGGCUGAAUAUCUUCAAUGGGAUGUGACCGAACUCAAACCAAUUCUUCAGGAGAUGAUGGAGGAGAUCGAUUAUGACCAUGAUGGUACAGUGUCCCUGGAAGAAUGGAUUCAGGGAGGAAUGACAACAAUCCCACUCCUUGUUCUCCUGGGCCUGGAAACGAAUGUGAAGGAUGAUGGACAACAUGUGUGGCGACUAAAGCACUUUAACAAACCUGCUUACUGCAAUCUCUGUUUGAACAUGCUGAUUGGUUUUGGCAAGCAGGGUCUCUGCUGUUCCUUCUGCAAGUAUACAGUUCAUGAGCGGUGUGUGUCCAGAGCCCCUCCCUCCUGCAUCAACACCUAUGUCAAGUCAAAAAAGAAUGCAACUGUCAUGCAUCACUUCUGGGUAGAAGGAAACUGUCCAAAGAAAUGUGAUAAGUGCCAUAAAACCAUCAAGUGUUAUCAGGGUCUUACAGGCCUUCACUGUGUAUGGUGUCAAAUCACUCUCCACAAUAAAUGUGCUUCCCAUGUGAAGCCUGAAUGUGAUUGUGGACCACUGAAAGAUCAUAUCUUACCACCAUCUUCUAUUUGUCCCAUCGUACUGGAAAGGCAAUCCACUGUGAAAAGAAGAGAUGAUAGUUCCCUACAAACGAAAAAAUCAGAGGAACGCAUCAAGAUACAAAGAGCCAACUCUAUCACUGUGGAUGGACAGGGACUGCAGAUCACACCAAUUCCAGGCACACAUCCGCUUCUGGUAUUUGUGAACCCUAAAAGUGGUGGGAAGCAGGGAGAAAGAAUCUUCAGAAAAUUCCAGUUCCUUCUGAAUCCACGCCAAGUUUACAACCUUGCCAGUAGUGGACCAAUGCCAGGGUUAAAUUUUUUCCGAGAUGUUCCAGACUUUAGAAUUCUGGCUUGUGGUGGCGAUGGAACAGUAGGAUGGAUUCUAGAUUGCAUAGACAAAGCAAAUUUGCUUCAACAUCCUCCAGUGGCAGUCCUUCCACUUGGAACUGGCAAUGAUUUGGCAAGAUGUCUUAGAUCAGGAGGAGGUUAUGAAGGGGAGAGUCUGAUGAAGAUCAUUAAAGACAUUGAGAACUGCACAGUGGUCAUGCUGGAUAGAUGGAAAGUUGAAGUGAUUCCUCAUGACAAAGAGGAAAAGGGGGACCCUGUGCCUUACACUAUUAUCAACAAUUACUUCUCUAUAGGAGUGGAUGCAUCAAUAGCCCACAGGUUCCAUAUCAUGCGAGAAAAACAUCCUGAAAAGUUCAACAGUAGAAUGAAGAACAAAUUCUGGUAUUUUGAAUUUGGGACAUCUGAAACGUUCUCUGCCACAUGCAAGAGACUACAUGAAUACGUAGAGAUUGAGUGCAAUGGAAUUCUACUGGACUUGAGCAAUAUGCCCUUGGAAGGCAUAGCUGUUUUGAAUAUACCAAGCAUACAUGGUGGAUCAAACCUUUGGGGAGAGAGCAAAAAAAGGCGAAGCUACCAUCGAGCCAGUAAAAAAGUGCCAGAUAAACGGGCAACAGUUAUAGAUGCCAAAGAGCUGAAAUUCUGUGCUCAAGAUGUAAGUGAUCAGUUAUUUGAAGUGAUUGGCCUGGAAGGUGCCAUGGAGAUGGGACAGAUCUACACAGGGCUAAAAAGUGCAGGGAAAAGGCUAGCACAAUGCUCCUUGGUAACAAUCAGAACCAGUAAGUUCCUGCCGAUGCAGAUUGAUGGAGAGCCUUGGAUGCAAACUCCUUGUACAAUUACAAUAAGUCACAAGAACCAGGCUCCAAUGUUGAAGGCUCCACCUCCCAAGACUGGCUUUGUUUCCUCAAUCAUCAAGCGAACUAGGAGCUAA